AUGAGUCCCCUCGAUCAAGUAUUAGCUUCUGAUAUGAAUGCGUUUGAUGAGUUAAUCAAAAUUAAUAAAAAUCAGUCCGAAAAAAUCGACGAACUUAUCAAAAUGUUGAAAGGUUUAAUCGAUAUUCCUCAAACGGCCUCUAAAUCGAUUAAAGAGUCUUCCGAUUAUUUGAAAAUGGCAACGCAAGUGACGACAAAUCGCAAGCCGGAAGAGGAUGAAAACCUUGUACUAACGUUGAAUGAUGUCAAUUUGAGUACUGUUCCAGCCGGCAGCAGUUUCACAACCACUGCCAGAAACAUCAUUCGUGCUGCAUACGGUAAUCAAGGGUCGUUUUUCGAUCUGAAAGCCGGAGAAUUUCACAUUUUGCUAGGUGUGGUUGCGUAUUUGCACAAACUGAAAUUUGCGGACGUUUGGAGUAAACAAAAUUCAAUUCGUAUCUCCGCAGCCCAAAUGAAGCACGACACAAACAAGAAAAGUGGGAGUCCAAUGGCAAAAAAACAAAAAAUCGCUCAUUCACAAACACACGAGAUUGCAAUGAAAGUCAAAUGGAAAAUGAGUCAUUUUAGUAUUAUUAAUAUGGGCAGUUGGAUAUAA